AUGAAAAGACAAAAAGGACAACCCUUCAUUUUUGACUAUUUGAGAGGUGCGAAACUGGACUUGCCAUUUGAAGUGAUGAGCGGUGGUGUGAGCGACAAAAAAAUUAACAAGACAACAAAGGCGGAACCAAAGAAAAAACUCCCAAAAAACCCAUAUCUCAGGUUCUCCCAAGAAAAACGCGCUGAAGUCAAAGAAGCUAACCCAAGCUUGGCCCCAAAGGACAUCACAAAAAAGAUCGCAGACUUGUGGAAGGCUCUCUCCGCCGAGGAGAAAGACGCUUAUAAGCCAAAGAAACGGACCUUCCCAGGACGAAAGGGUGCAAAGAAGGACGAAGAGAAAAAGGAGACCACGACUGAAAAGAAAGAGGAAGAUGAGAAGAAAGAGUAA